AUGCAGCGCAUGCCGCGCGCGGAAAUCCAGUGUGUGUAUGAGCCUUCCGACUGCUCAGCAAAUGUUCUGGUGCGCAAGGAAUAUGUCGCGGGCCUGGAACAGCGGCUGAGAUACGUCGAGAGCAAACUGCAACGACAUGAUGACUUAUUAACAGGGCAUCUUUCUGUAUGUGCAACAGACAAAGACGACAGAUAUGAUGCAGUACUGGGCAGAUCUUCGAGCAUCAGCACCGUUCAACAGGUACAAGAUGAGGUUUCCUUCAAUGCAGUCAAUGGAGGGGACCCAGGGCCGGACGACACCAAGACAGAUGGCCUUGCCCUUGGAUUUGUUGACGAACCGACCACGGUGUUUUACGGCGACUCAUCCAGUAUUGCGUUCACACGUUGUCUUCUAGAGGCUAUGGCUCUGGAUUUGACCGACAAGCGGACUGAGACGAAGGGGCAAUGCAAUGAAAAUGGGUCUAGGGAGUGCAACGUCGCGCCGGUGUCUCGACAACAAUCGGCCAUGGUGUCUCCUAAGAAUAAGACUCAGCCUGUGUCGCCUACCACCCUUCUGUCCGAAGGAGAGAUGGAUGUCUUACUGGACAUCUACUUCAAGGACUAUGGCUCUCUGUUCCCUUUUCUCCAUGAACCGACAUUUAGGGACGCCUAUACUGAAUACAAGGCAAGCGGUUUUGCCAAAGCUCAGAGGGGCUGGCUCGGUGUGCUUACCAUGACCUUUGCAAUGGCGAUGCACAUCAAUCAAGAUGGGAAGACCUCGGCAAAGUAUCGAUUCAGGCGGUCCCAUGCGCUGUUUCAACAGGCGGUUUCGCUGUGCAGUGAAUUGUCAGUGCGAACUGCGAGCUUAGACAUUGUACAAUAUCUCCUGCUGGCGGUACUUUAUCUUCAAGGCACCCAAAUGCCAAUCCAAGCAUGGACGAUGCAUGGGAUGCUCGUACGAACAGCAAUGGCAUUGGGAAUGCAUUCAGAGCAAGCGGCACAGGGGCUUCACCCCAUACAGCAGGAGAUCCGUCGGCGUACCUGGCUCACUAUAUACUGUUUGGAUAGGAUCCAGAGCGUCACAUGGGGUCGCCCGCCGGCAAUCCCAGAUGAGUAUAUCGUGGUGAAGUUGCCAUCGCCGUGGGCGAGAAUGAAGGAAACGACCACAAAUCAUUCGACUGACGGAGACAUCUACACGGCGUUUUUCGAUGCUACUGUGCGUCUACUCCAGGUCGUGGGUCGGUCCUUAGCCACACAAUACGGCCAAAAUCUCGGACUCGAGGAUCACAAAACAGAUGAGUGUACCGCUAUCCAGGCGGCAAGCACGAUGCGACAGGACCUUCGGCGAUGGGCGUCCAGUUUACCAUCAUGUCUGAACCUGUAUGAUACUGGAUUGGAUGCCACCUCGCCGGAUGAAAAUACAGUUUCAAGUCGACUGCGAGUCAUCCUUACACUUCGAUAUCAUUUUGUCAGCAUUCUUAUCCAUCGCCCCCUUCUCUGCGCCACGCUGCGUUAUUUGACCUCGAGCGGAUCUCCUACAGGGAGAGCAUUACCUUAUAGAAUCCAGCUUGCAGUGGCAGAGGCCCACGAGUGCAUACUCUCCGCUGAAAACACAAUCGAAAUAGUACAUGCAGUCAUCAACGCGCCCUCCCCUUCUCACACUAAAUUAGAUGUCUGGUUCUUCACGUUGUUCCAUGUAUUUAACUCGGCUUUGGUGAUCCUGGGACGCUCCGUGUUAGAACAGCAUGGAGCCUAUGUCAACGACGAUGUCACCCAGAAACCUGUUCAGAGCCUUUUGAGUCAAGUUAUAGAAGGCCUAGAUGAGCUAGACAACGAGAACCAUUUGGUGUACAAUUGUGCAAGGUUCAUCGCACGGCUCUCUCAACCACAGAGUGACAAAGUGUUGAAGGCUGACCCGACAGGAUAUCGCCCCCAAGUGGCCAAUCGAGAUAGUACCGGAAAUCGGUACACCGCGCAAACAGAAAAUGAAGAGCCCACGGACGAACAAAUCUGGUCUGGCGUUGGACUUCCAUCUAUAGCAGACCCAAAUAUGUUACCAUUCCCCAGCGGCGAGCUAUUCGAUCAUCCCUUUGGCGACUUUAGCUUGGGACUUGACCAGCUAAGCUCCACCUACUAA